GGCGGCGCAUGCUCGGAGCGCGGCCGGGGAGGCCGGCGCUGCUGCCCGCGGGCGCUGAGGGGCGGGCGGGGAGCAACAGCGGCGGCGGCCAUGGGCGAGACCGAGAGGCUUUAUUAUGUGUACAGCUGCGACCUGGACAUCAACGUGCAGCUGAAGAUAGGAAGUCUGGAAGGGAAAAGAGAGCAGAAAAGCUACAAAGCUCUCUUAGAAGAUCCGAUGCUGAAGUUCUCGGGACUGUACCAAGAGACUUGCUCUGACUUGUAUGUAACUUGUCAGGUGUUUGCAGAGGGGAAGCCGCUUGCUCUUCCAGUUAGAACUUCGUACAAGGCUUUUAGCACUAGAUGGAACUGGAACGAAUGGCUGAAACUGCCUGUGAAGUAUCCAGACUUGCCUCGAAAUGCUCAGGUGGCUCUGACCAUCUGGGAUGUGUAUGGACCUGGUAAAGCCGUUCCUGUGGGAGGGACAACGGUCUCGCUCUUCGGAAAAUAUGGUAUGUUUCGACAAGGAAUGCAUGACUUGAAAGUCUGGCCUAAUGUAGAAGCUGAUGGCUCCGAGCCCACCAAAACUCCUGGGAGAACCAGCAGUACAGUCUCUGAAGAUCAAAUGAGCCGCUUGGCAAAGCUCACCAAGUCUCAUCGGCAAGGUCACAUGGUGAAAGUGGAUUGGCUGGACAGACUCACCUUCAGAGAAAUAGAAAUGAUCAAUGAGAGGGAAAAACGAAGCUCCAAUUUUAUGUACCUGAUGAUUGAAUUCCGUUGCGUCAAGUGCGAUGAUAAAGAAUAUGGAAUAGUUUACUACGAAAAGGAUGGUGAUGAGUCAUCUCCAAUUUUAACAAGUCCUGAAAUUGUUAAGAUUCCAGAUCCCCAGAUGUCUAUGGAGAACUUAGUAGAAAGCAAACAUCAUAAACUUGCUCGAAGUUUAAGAAGUGGACCUUCUGAUCAUGACCUGAAGCCUAAUGCAACUACACGAGACCAGCUUAAUAUCAUAGUGAGUUAUCCACCAACAAAGCAACUAACGUAUGAGGAACAGGAUUUGGUGUGGAAAUUCAGAUAUUACCUUACUCAUCAGGAGAAGGCCUUGACAAAGUUCCUGAAGUGCGUCAACUGGGAUCUACCACAAGAGGCAAAGCAAGCACUGGAGCUGCUGGGUAAAUGGAAGCCCAUGGAUGUGGAAGACUCACUGGAGCUUCUGUCAUCUCACUUCACCAACCCAACGGUGCGGCGCUAUGCUGUCGCCAGGCUUCAGCAGGCUGAUGAUGAGGAUUUGCUGAUGUAUCUGCUACAGUUAGUCCAAGCAUUAAAAUAUGAAAACUUCGAUGACAUAAAGAAUGGCCUGGAGCCUAGCAAGAGGGACAGUCAAGGUUCCAUGUCAGAAACUAUGACAACAUCUGGAUCUAAUGCUCCAGAAAUAGACAGUUCCCAGAUUAUGAGUCCUAUUCCACCUGUUUCCUCUCCACCUCUUACUUCUAAGACAAAAGAGCUUGCAGAAAAUGAAAACCUUGAUCAAGACCUUUGCACUUUCUUGAUAUCACGGGCAUGCAAAAAUUCCACGUUGGCAAACUACUUGUACUGGUAUGUAAUUGUGGAGUGUGAAGACCAAGAUACUCAGCAGAGGGACCCAAAGACUCAUGAAAUGUACUUAAACGUGAUGAGAAGAUUCAGUCAGGCUUUGCUGAAGGGUGAUAAGUCUGUCAGAGUUAUGCGCUCGCUUUUGGCAGCCCAGCAGACAUUUGUAGAUCGUUUGGUUCAUGUAAUGAAGGCGGUGCAGCGUGAAAGUGGGAAUCGUAAGAAAAAGAAUGAGAGGCUUCAGGCAUUGUUAGCUGAUAAUGAAAAGAUGAAUUUAGCAGAUAUGGAACUUAUUCCACUUCCUCUGGAACCUCAGGUGAAAAUUAAAGGAAUAAUCCCUGAAAAAGCCACACUCUUCAAGAGUGCCUUAAUGCCUGCUCAGUUAUUUUUCAAGACAGAAGAUGGAGGCAAAUAUCCUGUAAUUUUUAAGCAUGGUGAUGAUUUACGUCAAGAUCAACUUAUUCUUCAGAUUAUUUCACUCAUGGAUAAGCUGUUAAGAAAAGAAAAUCUGGAUUUGAAGCUGACACCCUAUAAAGUGCUAGCAACUAGUACGAAACAUGGCUUCAUGCAGUUUAUUCCAUCAGUACCAGUUGCAGAAGUUCUUGCUACUGAGGAAACCAUACAGAAUUUCUUCAGAAAACAUGCCCCUAGUGAGACUGGCCCUCAUGGAAUCAGCGCAGAGGUGAUGGACACAUAUGUUAAGAGCUGUGCUGGUUAUUGUGUGAUUACUUACAUCCUUGGAGUUGGAGACAGACAUCUGGAUAAUCUGUUGCUAACAAAAACAGGUAAACUGUUUCACAUUGACUUUGGUUAUAUUUUGGGCCGGGACCCCAAGCCCCUUCCUCCCCCGAUGAAGCUGAACAAAGAGAUGGUGGAAGGCAUGGGAGGCACCCAGAGUGAGCAGUACCAGGAGUUCCGAAAGCAGUGCUACACAGCCUUUCUCCACCUCCGCAGGUAUUCCAACUUGAUCUUGAAUUUAUUUUCCCUCAUGGUGGAUGCCAACAUUCCAGAUAUUGCUCUUGAACCUGACAAGACUGUAAAAAAGGUGCAGGACAAGUUUCGUUUGGACCUGUCAGAUGAAGAAGCUGUCCAUUAUAUGCAGAGUCUAAUUGAUGAGAGUGUCCAUGCCCUCUUUGCAGCUGUCGUGGAACAGAUACAUAAGUUUGCACAGUAUUGGAGAAAAUAAGCUUCUUGCCUGCUCACAACGGAAACAAGCAAAUGCUCAAAACAGAGACAUUCUCAAGUCCUUGUGGACUUCACCAAACAGUUUUGGAAGGCAAAAGCUGCAAAUUUAAUAGUGUGAAGAACUGAGAACUCAGAAGGUAGAGAAGCUUUUUGAAUCUCUGUUCAUUAAAGGUUUAAAACCAACCAUUUUUUAAAGGAAGAUGAUUGUUUGUACCAUCCUUGGGAGCCUCAAAGGUUGAAGUAAGCAACUUCCUCUCAAGCCAAAGAUAACUGGAAGAGGUUGGAUUUAAUGAUGAAUUCUUGUACGUGUUAAUAUAUUUUCUUAUUUAAAAAUAGAAGUAGAUACAAAGCUAAAGCAGGGAGGCUACAGUUUCUCAGUGCAGAAAAACCCCUCACAUGAUAAUCCUCUCUCAUCCCUCCCCUCCCAAUUUGUUCCUUGAAUAAGUUUUAGAUGUAAUUCAUAUGAUCCUUUACUUCCUGCCUUAGGCAAUGUUAUCGUUAAGAACGGACAGUCAUUUUUUGCCUGCUUACAAAAGUGUUUUUAAGUGCUGAUAAGUUACCCCAGCUGUAGGCAGCCAAUUAAAUGAUCACUAACAGGCUCAGCAAUGGGAAUGCACAGUGAGCAGUUCAGUAUUUCACAAUUUAACUCUAAUUUUUUUCUGUACAGUGAUUAUAUAUUCUUCACUCUAAUAAAAACCUUUGUUGUUGCAA